CUGUGUCUCCAAAGCGAAGCUGUUCACCGAACCGCAAAUAAAGCAGCAUUACGCACCACGAUGUGACGGAAGAGGAGCGACUCUGCUCGUGGAGAGUUGGAUACAAAACUCUUUGAUAUUGUCGGGACCCUGUGUGCUCAUCAGGAGAAAUCGAAGAACCUGUGUUAUGGGGUUGCUGUUUGAGGAGAUGCAUGUGUGCAGGUACUGCGCCUUACAUGUAUGUGGGCUACACUCUGUUCGUGCUGACCAGGAGCAUUACGCACAACAUAUCGCCAUGCAUUAGUGAAAGGCAGUUCAGCACAGCCAGUCUUAGCUGUUUUGGAAUGGAAAACGGUGGAAAACAUCGAACAUGAUCCGAAAGCACAAAUUGGCGCAAGAAUGGAUUUAAAUCAGUUAGAUUUGUUGAUGGGGAACGUAUCCAAGGAUGAGAACACUACGGACGCACCGCUUGGCUUGCCACACACCGGGGCAGCCACUGCGCUCAUCAUUGUUGUAGUUAUCAUCAUUAUUUCGGUGACCAUUGUCGGUAACGUGUUGGUGAUUGUAGCGGUGCUGACCAGUCGUGCUCUCCGUGCGCCCCAGAACCUUUUCCUGGUCUCCUUGGCAUCAGCGGACAUCCUGGUGGCCACACUGGUCAUCCCCUUCUCCCUCGUCAAUGAGGUCAUGGGCUACUGGUACUUUGGGAGUACUUGGUGCGCCUUUUACCUGGCUCUGGACGUUUUGUUCUGCACCUCAUCCAUCGUGCACCUGUGCGCCAUCAGCCUGGACCGUUACUGGUCAGUGACAAAGGCGGUCAGCUACAACCUGAAGCGGACACCUAAGCGCAUCAAGUCAAUGAUCGCUAUAGUGUGGGUAAUAUCUGCUUUCAUCUCCUUCCCUCCUCUCCUCAUGACCAAACAUGAUGAACGGGAGUGUCUGCUGAACGAUGAGACCUGGUACAUCCUCUCCUCGUGCCUGGUGUCCUUCUUCGCUCCGGGUCUCAUAAUGAUUCUAGUUUACUGUAAGAUCUAUAAGGUGGCCAAACAGCGCUCCUCCACCGUAUUCGUGGCCAAAAACGGUCUGGAGAGGCAGCCCUCUCAGUCCGAGACAUGUUUCGUCAGGACGGACCGGUGUGAGACGGAGAGCCCCAGCAGCCAGAGCUCCGGGAGUCAACAGAGGAGGCAGGGGGAGCUGGAUGACAUAGACCUGGAGGAGAGCUUCUGUCCGUCGGAUACUAAACCCCGCAAUCAUCGCUUCAACAAGCGGAGAAAGGUGGAGGGGUCAGACUGCUGCCCGCCUCAGAACUGCCGUCUCUCCUGGGCUUCAGCCCGGGCGCUGCAGCUCCCCCCGGAGCAGAAGCACCCUGCUGCGCGACAACAGCUGGCCGCGGCCAACAAGACCAAGGUGGCCCAGAUGAGGGAAAAACGGUUCACCUUCGUGCUUGCUGUUGUGAUGGGGGUGUUUGUGCUUUGCUGGUUCCCCUUCUUCUUUACCUACAGCCUGCAUGCUAUCUGCAGAGAGAGCUGCUACAUCCCUGGUGCACUUUUCAACCUUUUUUUUUGGAUUGGCUACUGCAACAGUUCUGUGAACCCUAUAAUAUACACUAUUUUCAACAGGGAUUUCAGGAAAUCCUUCAAGAAAAUCGUAUGCAGAACUUCAAAACGCACUUAAACACAGGAAUCCUGUGGGCAAAAUGUUGCCACUUUCACUCAAUGGGCAAAAGGGAUUAUAUAUAAGAACUCAUUCUUCUUCUACUGACUGUGUUCCCUCCCCACAUUCAUUUUAAUGUAGGCUAACUCGUCUGAAUAAAAUGUGAAGUUGCAAAACAAAAAGGUACAUAUGUUCAGUUCAUCAAAGUUUAAAAUUCGAUGCAAGCAUGCAUCAAACAUGGUCAGUUAAUCAAUCAUUAGAUGCAUAUGACACAGUUGUAAUAUAUAGGUCAUUGUAUAAUAAGUCCUGCAACACGCACCUUUGAACAAGAAGUUCCUCUAUAAUGGAUCAAUAUUUCGUACUGCAGCAAGCCGGGGGAAAGAGCAACUUCAGGGUGAAAUUGAAGUAAUGUGUAGUUUAAAAUGCAUGAUUCCAGAGCUGGAGGCUGGUGCACAGUGGGUGUUUUGUGUAAAGAUAAAAAGAAGAUUACUCUCCAUCAUAUAAGAUAUGAGCAUGAGGAUAAGCAGGCUAGCAGCAUGCCUGUGCGUCAUGGAAAAAAAUAAAGAAUAAAAUCCUAUGGUUCAAAUGAUUUAUGUUUAUUAUCAUGUGGUAGAAAUGCUUGGUAUUAUAACACGUAUUUUAGACACACAUUUAUUUAAACUUGCUGCUGUUUAAGCUGCAGCGAGGCCAUUUCUUAUCAGUGAACCCCCAAACUUACAUAAGAGUCUAAUCUUAAACCCCCACCGCACCAUCACACCAGAACACAAUGUCCAAGCUGAGGCCUGUGUGUGCAAAAACUCAAUAAAUCUGUGUUUAAUUUCAACACCUCACAAUACCUCAAAAAGAUUAAGGCCAUGCAAGAUCCCAUUCUGCUACACAGCCUGAUUUUGGUUUCAUUCAUGUUACUGCAUGCUAAGAAAAAACACAUUGCAGUAGAUUUCAUUAGCACAACAAAUACAGAAAAACAGUCCCACUUCCAUCAAACAUCAAAUCUCCUUGGUUGAAUAUACGAGAGCUUAAUAUCCACAAGCCAAGCCUCAGUCUGUUUCCUCUGCUUUAUAAAGCUGUAUUGUUAUAGAAAAAGUAAUCUACAUUAUUAAGAAAGCUAUGACAUACAUGAACAGAAAUUGUUUUGGUUACUGCACAUUACUGUUUACCUCACAGGCUUGGUUGCUUCAUGAUGCAUCUGGGACCAAAACUGUAUAUGUAAUGUGUUUUUUUUAUGAAACAUGCAUGAAAAGUUCCUGUACUUUCUUCUGGAAAAAAAGUAGUGAAAAGAAGGCUGGCCAGCUCCAUAUCAGCCUAUUGUCUGCAGGGGGGUGCUGCGGAUAGAUACACUAUUUAUAUCCUCUUAGGAAUGUCUUCAAAGCAUCUUACGGCUUACUGGCGCCUGCCAAAGAUAAUCACCCUGUUUGAAGGGUGUUGUGCUUAAAAGGAAUUUUCAAGAAGGUUAAUGAAUUUGUUUUUGUGAAGUACGCACAUAUUCAUGAGGGUGUUGUUAAAAUAUCACUAAAGGCAAAAAGAGUGAAGGUGUUGGUAUAUUUCCUAUUCCACUUGACGUUCCGCACUAUUUUAUUCAUGAAGAUUAUCAGACAGUCUGGGAGAGGUUAGAGGAAGGAAACGUUAUCUCAAAGGGACUCAUAAACUCUAGAAACAAAUGAAAUGUCUGGGUCGAGACACACUAACAGGAAGUAGUGAAAAAAGCAUUGUAUCUUUAUCUUGAAGAAUUACUGGUAUGGAAGUGGUGUUAAUUGGAAUAUAUGUAAUUUGAUACUGUUGUGUAUAUGUUAAAUAAUGUCAUUUCUCUAGACAGCACUGUCAUUACUCUUAAAGCCUGUUGCAUUCUCUGAGGAGGAAAUAUUUACAUGAGCACUAUGUCAUUUUCUUCCCGAUUACCAUCUGACAAGAAGUCCAACUCCCUUGUUAAAUCUCACUUCCUAAUUCAAUUAGCUUUCCAAUCAUCUGCUCUGUUGCAGCAAAAUGAAACACAAUGCUUUUAAUCAGCUGUUUGGUCUUUAUGUUGCUUUCAGUUGGGUUUAAUCUCUCGAAGGAAUUUCUCGUGACACAGUUCAGCUCAGUUGCAUUUUUCCAACCAAAUUGAGAGUACUAACACGUAAAAACAGCAUAUCUUGUUAUAUAAUGGUUGUUCUCAAAUACAGAUCUCUCACAACCCCCCACUAUUCAAGACAAAUGCUCUGUUAUUGUAUUUGUAUUCAAGAUAAAAUGAGUGUUGUUUGUAGUCUGUUUAUUUGGAGGCCUUAUUAUACCGAACUCUUUAUUCAUCCUAGACUGUAAACAAAGUGUGACACUAUAGUUCAGGAAGAGAAAGCAGAGCAGUGACGCCCCCUAACCUCUCAAAUCUUAAUCCAAAGGCUUAAAGAGAGCAAAGAGAAAGAUGACGGGAACGUUUUAUUUAGGGCAGUUUUUUAAAGGAGGGUAGGAGUGGAUGGUCAGUGCAGACUGCCAGGGCUGUUGAGUGUCAGCACUGAAGGCAAUGCUAUUUGCAGUCACAUUUCCCCAAAGGAAAGAUGGUUAAAAUGUUUCAAAAUCAGAGCAGCAUCUUAGGAUGAGAGACGCCGAGAGCUGUUGUCCUCUGCUACGUUACCUUGUUUGUCAGGCACAAUGCUGCAUCUGCAGGUAAUUGCUUUUGUCAAUCGUCUCUAACAAGAUAAGGGUUGAAGGCGAGCAAGGCCAAAAGUGGCGUCAAUUCCAGGAAGCCGCGUAUCUUGAGAAGAAGAGCCAGUUUGUCAUUAGUGUAAAUCAGCUGGUGUCACGUCCAGAGGGUGGGAUUGAGCUCACUCCCUCCAGGUCGUUCUAAGAAAUAUAUACAGCCCCGUUAAACACAAUCACACUUGAGGUGUCAAAGGAAAUUAGAGAGCUGUGUGUUUGUAUCUCUGCAUGCACACAUCCUCAAAAUUAAGACAAAUAACUUUGACAGCCUUUGUAUUUUGAAGUAUAAACAAGCUGACCGAACUGAAAUCUCUUGGUUUGGUUAAAACUAUUUUUAUUAAAGGCUUAUUGGCUCAACAUCGUUCAAACUGAAACUGAAGAAACAACUUUGUGUAGUAGUUGAUUAUUUGUGGUGCGUUGGAAAACCUAUUUACUUAGAGUGUAACCAUGGACACCUAAUCCAUAGACCUGCCUCCUCAUGUUGUUUUGCUUGAAUUCCUGCAUUAGGCACACAAAUAUUCAAAGUGUAGUUUUUCAAAGGGAGAUGUGGCUGUGUCUAUUUGUUUAUCACAAUUUGUUCAUUCCUGAAUGAGCAUUGUAUAUUUAUUUUAGAAAAGAAAAAGUGUGCAAAUAUAUUUCUGUCCAAUCUCAUUCUACUUUAUAUUCAAGUCUUUGCAGCUUCAAAAUAUUCACAAUGUUUCCACUACAUACAGAAUUGAGUGUGAUGAAAGGACGACAGAAAACAGAUGGUGCCAUUCAUAAAAACGUGUGUAUUUAAUGUAGACAUUAAGGCUUCUGUUUUUCCCGAUCAUUGUAUUGCUGUUGUCUGUCUUUAAAAAUCAGUGAAUAUAUUGUAUUCAUCCCCACACACUCUAUUCCAUAAAGUCAAUGUGCUUUCUCAGCA